AUGCUAGCCCUGCGUACCCUCGGAACAGCUCGUUUUCAUUUGAUUCGAUGUGCUUCAUCUUUCACGCAGAUCCCAACUAACGCUGGAAAGGUACCUCCUACUCUCGAGGAGUUUGACCCACUUAAUCCUGGAGAAUGGCAGCUUGGAGCAGCUGGUAAGAUCCUUCCUCGUCUUCCCGAAGGUACCAAAGUGGGAAAACUAGUGAUGGGCAAGUAUGGUCUGUAUGAUCCUCAACUUCGAAAACGAGUUGAAGUUUAUUCCAAGGCUCUCGCUGAAGGAAAAAAGUCGGAGGAAGCAGGUCCAUUUGAUCGUGCAGUGACCAGAAUUGUGAAGGUGCUUGGUACCAUGUGUUUCAUCAUUGGUAUCUACAACCUAUUUACUCUUGCUUACGGAAAGCUCCUACCUCCUUACUCCUACAUGAAUGCACCAAGGAAAUAA